AUGUGGGAGCAGUGCUCUCAUUGGCCGGUGCCGGCGAGAGCCCGACCAAUCGCGUCCCCUCCCCCCCCGCAGACAACAAAACACCAUGGAGAAGGCGAGGCGUCGACGGCGGUGGACAUGUCCCGUCCGCUCUACUGGAACCGUCUGGACACCCCACUCCCGGACAGGCCCUUCAAGGACGUCCUGAGCGAGGAGGACACGGCCCUCAAGCAGAAGGAGAAGGGCCCCUGGGGCCAGUUGACCAAGGAGGAGAAGAUCGCCAUAUACAGGCUGGCGUUCCAGCGGACCUACCCAGAGAUGAAGCAGAGCACGGGGGAGUGGAAGACAGUGGUGGGCGGGAUCUUCAUCUUCAUGGGUCUGACCGGCCUGGUGGUCAUCUGGCAGAGCUACUACGUCUAUCCCCCCCAGCCCAGGACCUUCACUGAGGACUGGCAGGCCCGUCAGCUCCAGAGGAUGCUGGACAUGAGGGUGAACCCCAUCGAGGGCUUCUCCGCCAAGUGGGACUACGAGAAGGGCCAAUGGAAGUAGAGCGCGGGCCCGAGUGGCGCACAGCUGGACCAAUGAGAGCGGCAGCUGUGCUCCAGCAGUGUUGAGGAGGCGUGUGAUGGCAUUACUGGAGCAGAACCAGUGAACGCCUGUGGCAGUGGGAUUUGUAGUUGUAGAUAAUAGAAAUAGAAAGUCACACGUGUAAAUCAGUCAAUUUGAGAGAAAAUGCGACGGUUGCACCUUCUUAAAUUCUUCAUUGCAGCCGCAAAAAUCCUAUUCUACUAAUCACAAAUGCAGAAGCUCAUAGAAACUCCUAUGCUCACAUGUUGGCUGCAGUCGCUGCAGUGAAUAUGGUGCCAAACACAUCCACACAACCGUAUCAACACACUUGAAUUCAUGGACAAACUUUGCUCAUCUGCAAAUCAGUAAGUGAAUUCAUGCAAUGAGAGUUGCACACCUGUAGAAUACUUACUCACAAAUAAAAAUAAAUGUCUUAUUUAUACAACUGCUUGAAUACGAGUCUCGGAUGCUUUUUUCCUUGCUCAUAAAUCUCAGUGAAAUGUGGCUUGUUUGGGCACAUUUAUUUUUUUAUUUGUGAGAAAAAUUCUACAGGUGUGACACUCUCAGGUGUGAAUACACAGACUGAUUUUCCUUUUUUUUCUGUCAAUGAAUUUAGAUGUUUUGAUACGGGUAUGUGAAUGCGUUCUGCAGCAUAUUCACUGCAGCAACUGGACCAACAAUGUGAGCGUAUGAGUUUUCAUGAGCUUCCAAAUUUGUGAUUUGUAGAAUAGGAUUUGUGCAUCUGCAAAGGAAAAUGUUGAGAACUGGGGUAACUCUUGUUUUUUGGACACCAAAACAAAUUGCAACUCCUAAAGCAUUUUACUCUGUGACUUCACAUUUACUAACACACGUGUGACUUUCUAUUUUUAUUUUCUACACUACAAAUCCCACACUCACAGGUGCUCAGCGGUUGUUCUCCAAUAACACCUUGAUAGAGGCUUCACAGUAGUCAUAUCUGAUUGGUUUGGGCAGCUGUCAAUCACUAGUCGCAGUAGCAGUCUGAGCAUGUUGAUUUGUUUUGAGACCCUGAACUGCUGCAGGCGUCAUAAAAUUAAUUCAUUAUUUAUCCUAGAUGGGAACCAAGAUUUACAGAAUCAUUUCCGGUUGUAAAUAACUUUUAGCAGAAUAUAUAAACAAUAUUAUGUGACCAUUCAUUUUAAACAUGAUUAGUGUCUCAACAGUCAGACGUGCGUGGCAAUCAAUCUGUCAGCCAAUCAGGGACCACAAGAAUCUAUCACAUCCGGUCACCAAACACCGCAACCAAAAAUAAACUAGAAAUAAAACCAUCCAGUCCAACCUCCAGCAGUAUUUUAUUAGGUUUUAAUCGCAGUUCAAAGUAUUACAAAUGGCAUUUGGAUAGACACAGUCGGACAGUAGCAUCGUUUCGGACCGCUGCCCUGUUCUCGCUACAACACACCAUCUUCUAAAGCUAAUCUGUUGCUACGCUAAUUCUCCUCGUGCCAGAAACAUCCGUUAACGCUAAACUUUAAACGAGGGAGACGAACGAAUCACGUCCGAGCGAGGGACGGGGCGUUGAGAUUCUGUAAUCAACGUUUUGACACGAAUAUAAAUAAUGUUCCAAAGCCAUCACACGUUGUCUUCUUUCUUUU